AGGAUGAUAUGCCACGUGUCAUUCUCUCGGUCCUCCUUUCUGUGCAUAUAAACACCUCUCAGAUUUUUUCCCGCUUUCUGAAAAUGAAAAAAUCGUCGAGAAAAACUCUCACUCUGUUUAUCCUCUCCGGACUAAAAGACCGGGGCUUGAUAAGCAGAGUGACUAUAAAUACAGUGUUAAAUUUUUAAAAUCCAACCUUCAUUCUUUGUGAUCUCAAAUGCUGUAGUUCUCUGAUAGCCCCGGUCAAUUAGUCAGUUAGCGGUAUUUGAAGGAAUGGCUAUCGGUGGCUUGAUUUCGAACCGGAAUUUCGGUUCUCUUAUAGGCUCAGGCCUAUUAUGUGUCUUGCCAUGGUUGACCAUGGCUGUUUUUGCAAAUGUAGGAGGCUGGAUUGCUGACACACUUGUGAGCAGAGGUCUGUCUAUAACAGCAGUUCGGAAGAUCAUGCAAUCAAUUGGGUUCUUAGGUCCAGCCUUCUUCCUUACACAACUCAGCCACGUCAGGACUCCUGCUAUGGCUGUACUCUGCAUGGCAUGCAGUCAGGGAUCGGAUGCAUUCUCACAGUCUGGUCUCUAUUCAAAUCACCAAGAUAUUGGCCCCCGUUAUGCUGGAGUUCUAUUAGGACUCUCAAAUACUGCAGGAGUGCUUGCAGGUGUCUUUGGUACUGCCGCAACUGGAUACAUACUCCAAAGGGGUUCUUGGGCUGAUGUGUUCUACAUUGUUAUUGAUUUUAGUUGGGCUUAUAUUAAGAAAAAAUAAAACGGAAGGGGUUUAAAUAGUGUCAAAUAGUGAAAUGGUGAUCUUGUCUCACCAAAAACAUUUCGCCUUAUUAUUAGAGAUAAUAGAGUAUUGUCAUAUUUUUUACACAUUAAAAUUACUUCCUCAUGACAAAAAAAAAUAUUGAACUAGUGUCUAGAGUCUAUGGACACUAUUUAGUUUUUUUUUUUUUUUUAAAAGCAUAGUAAAGCAAUUAGAUUGCUCUUAAUUAAAAUAUAAAAAAAACUUUAAUAUGUGUUAAAUGAGUUUUUUCAUCUUUUUAUCCUGAUUUUUUUUUUUGUUACUGUGAAGUUGAAUGAGAGGUAUUUUUGUAAUUGAAUAAAUGUAAAUAUUAUUUGAAAAAAUGGUUGUUGAUGU